AUGCACACACAUCGAGCGGAUACGGACGAGGAGGAGGAGGAUGGGACGAUGCACGGACCUGUUACAGACCGUUGUCCGAGGGCCCAGGGCCAGGCCCAGAGACAGACCUGGUUCUGGAUUAUUAAUGUCCCCUCCUCCCCUGUGGAGCCAAGCCCCCUUCCCCCACCCAGUGCCCCCCCUUACACCCCUGGGGUCAGCCUGCAUGGCUCCUGGUUCUUCCUCAAGUUCUUCCUAAAAUGUAACCAGAACUGCCUGAAGAAUGCAGGGAACCCUCGAGACAUGAGGCGUUUUCAGGUGGUUGUGUCGACUACAGUGAGCGUGGAGGGUCACGUCCUGGCUGUUUCUGACAACAUGUUUGUGCACAACAACUCCAAACACGGCCGUCGAGCUCGGAGGCUGGACCCCUCAGAAGGAACGCCGUCCUACCUGGAACACGCGACCCCCAGCAUCAAAGCCAUCAGCCCGAGCGAAGGUUGGACCACAGGGGGGGCCACCGUCAUCAUUAUCGGGGACAACUUCUUUGACGGCCUGCAGGUCAUCUUCGGGACCAUGCUGGUCUGGAGCGAGCUGAUCACCCCCCAUGCCAUCCGUGUGCAAACUCCGCCCAGACACAUCCCUGGAGUGGUGGAGGUCACGCUGUCUUACAAAUCCAAACAGUUCUGCAAAGGCACACCUGGACGCUUCAUCUAUACAGCGCUGAACGAGCCAACCAUAGACUAUGGCUUCCAGAGGUUACAGAAGGUCAUCCCCAGACACCCCGGAGACCAGGAGAGAUUACCCAAGGAGGUGAUCUUAAAGAGAGCAGCCGACCUGGUGGAGGCUUUGUACGGGAUGCCUCAUAAUAACCAGGAGAUGAUUCUGAAACGAGCUGCAGACAUCGCAGAGGCCCUCUACACGACGGUGCCACGAGGGCACAAUCAGCUCACUGGUCUUGGCAGCGGCUCCGUCCAUGCUGGCAUGAUGUCUGUGAACUCCUUCACCGGGUCAGAGGUGGCACAAACGGCCAAUCAGGGUUUCAGUAGGAGUACAAGCAGUGUGUCCCCUCAUGGUUAUGUCCCCAGCUCCACCCCCCAGCAGAGUAGCUACAGCUCUGUCUCCACUAGCAUGAACGGCUACGCUAACUCUGGCAUGGCAACCCUGGGCACCUCGCCCAACUUCCUCAAUGGAUCUGCAGGCAACUCGCCCUAUGCUAUCGUCCCGUCGAGCCCCACCAUGGCCUCGUCCACCAGCCUGCCAUCUAACUGCAGCAGCUCCUCCGGCAUCUUCUCCUUCUCUCCGGCGAACAUGGUGUCCGCUGCCGUCAAGCAGAAGAGCGCCUUCGCCCCCGUGGUGCGACCUCAGAACUCACCCCCUCCCACGUGCACCAGCGGCAACGUUAACGGCCUGCAAGAUCAGUCUUUUGUGGACUCUAGCAAGUACUCAUCAGCCACCUCUCUGCAAGGCCUGGCCUUCUCCUGAACGAUUCCUGGGAUGAUCGUUCCACCCAUGUAGAGGAUCUGGGAUAGCUGGAGAUUUGGGAAUGUUGAGAGGAGGAAAAAGACACAGCAAGCAGAGUCUGGCGAGUCUCUGUUAUGCUCCGGAGCUGAAACUGAAGGAAGUGAAGAUAAGACGCAGGACUCUGUAAAACUCAGGCCUUUCCAUUGGGAUUUCAUCUGAAGGGAGAAAGAAGGAACGACACAAACCUCUGUGAUGUUAUUCCCCUCUUGGUUGAAUUAGUGUAGCUUCUCUGACACGGCGUUGGAUGGAGUGUAUAGAGACUGAUAGUUUACCCACAGUGUGACACUGACCUCAUGAAAGGAGCAUUUAUUUAUCUUUAUGUUAAUGCCUAUAAGGUUUGAGUACUAGAGAGCCCCCCACACCGCCCUCACAACCCCUACAAAUCGCACAAACAACACUCAAGUGUUGGUUUGGCCAUGACGUUUACAUAAUCUCUGUCACAAUAGAAGAUGCUUUCCUUUAGCUCGGCCUCCACGCUGAAAACCACAAAACAACACACCGGCCAAAUAGAACUAAGGUCAACAAAGAAGAACAAAAAAAAAAAAAAAGGGAAAAUACACAAAAGAACAAAAUCAACCCUCAGUUUUGCUGCUAAUUAUCCCAUAAAUCUAAAAGUUGUGUAACAGAAUCUCCCUUACAUCAGCAUACAUGCCUUUUUUUUUCUUUAGUAUUCCUUUUUCUUGGUUUGUUAGUUUGAAUUUUAAUGAAACUGUGAGGACUGAGCUGUUUGCAAUAUGCUUUUUCUGCUUGUCCUGUGAAGAAAAAUGGCGAUCGAUUUAGCCAAAAACUUUGAAGGUGAUUUUUAGAGAAGACUAGGAUGUGUGCGUCCAGCCAGCACUGUACUGAAGGAGGAGUCUAGCAAAUAUGGAAUUAGAAUAAAUGCGUGAUAUAUGUGAUAUAUUUUUGUAUAUAAACAAAGUGACUUUUUUUUUUCAUUUGACAUUUCUUUUUCUUUUUCUUUUUUUUUUUCGCGAUAGCUCUAGUUUGAAAUGUAAACAUUAAAUGUCUUAAGGCAGCUUCUCAGUACAGAAGAUAGAUUUACUGUGUGUGUCAAUAUCUCAUCUGCUAAACAUGAGAAACAUGGAUUUGGAUACAAAAAGGGGAUUCCUGUAAAAUAUCCUAUAAAUAAUGUAUUUAUCCCUUAUAUUUGUACAUUGCCACUCACCCUCGUUUAGUUGUGUCGUGUAAGUUUAAUACAGUAAGUGAACAUAUUUCACAGUGUUUGGUUUCAUUAUUUACUGUCGUCUCACACUAUUUAAAUGUGACUUUUUUAUCUCUUUUGAUUUGUUUUGUAUGUCGAUAUGUUUUGCGUUGCUAUUCAUGCUUUCUUUUGUUGAUUUUCAAAACAUGCCAUUGUCUAUUUUUGUAUUAUUUGUAAGUUAAUAAAAAAAAGUUCAGUUUUUUUUUCCUGAUGAAAAUGUUUAUUGUAUGGCGAAAAAGUAGCAUCUUAUUCAGAGUAUUUGGUUGAAGUAGAUUUUUUAAGAAUAUAUACACACAUUAAUAUAUACUGUAAAUCUAUAUCUUUUUGUUUGAACUCUUUGAGGCUUUCAGAUUGAAACUGUUCUUGAGCUGAUAAUAUGCAUGGGUUCUUCUCUUGAGUGACACUUUCUUUUUUUGUGUGUGUGCAAACCAAGAGAUCUAAGAGAUUGCUCUGUGUUUUUCUUUUCUUUGAGUUCCUCUUCUUUCCCCUCUGUUCUUUCUUUUCCUGCGUUAUUUAUGCCUGCUUACAGACUGUAUCUAUAUACUCUUUUUUUUCUGUCACUGUAAUCUUUACCAGCAGUCUAGAUGCCUUAACAAUGCAAACCCAUUCUUCAUUCAAUCACGUGUACAGUUUUUUACCCUGACCACAAUUGUCUAUUGCCACAGAGGAAUUCAUGGGAACUUGGGGACAAAGCACAAACCCACUCUGUUUGGUGGUGAAGCCAGACUAGAAUACAAAGAGCCAUAAUUCAACAAUCACACACACCCCGAUGUACUAUAAUACUACAGCAAUGGCACGCUUUGAAGGACGCUCAGAGGCCUGUCCCAGCUGUGCAUAUUGCACUUUUGUCUUUUUUUUGUAGCGAUUAUGUAGCUUUUCUCUGAUUAAUGAAAUAAUUCAAACCGCAUGUUGGUAACAUUUCUCAUUAACCACAGGAUCACAGCAGUGUGGCAACACAACGCUGAGUUAAUUGUAGUACAAAGGGGCACACAGCGGAGAUAAGCACUGUCACAGCACAAUUUUAAUCUCAAACAUGAACUCGUAUAGGUCGGACUCCGGUCUCUGACAGUCGAUCCCCCUCUCUCCCCUGUAUCAGCCUUCAGACAAAACGGCUUCAUUACGAGCUAAACAGAACAAGAAGAAGUGAGGGAGCAUGAAAGUGAGCUCCUCGGCCCCUCAGCCAUUUCUGUAGUCUUUUCUUUGUGUCUGCCGUGUGUCUUCAAGCUGUUGCUGGACAGAGAAUAGGGCUUUUCUCUUUUGCUUUUCUUUCCUAGAGACUGGUUUUGUAAAGUGGCUAGAAAGGAGCGUUUUAACAGAGGCGCCUGCUGACGGACGAGUGUUUUUCAGGCACUUAUGUGCCCGCACUGGUCAGGCUGGUGCGGGGGGGGGGGGGGGGCACACCAUAUCUGUUUCAAAUGAACUACAGAGGUCUGUUGUCAUACAAUGGCUUCUUUGUAAGCGAAGUUCCAUCCUGAUUAUGAAUAUUGGUAAUGGGUGACAAAGUUUUGUAUUUAGGUAACAAACAAAAAAAAGAUGCAAACCAAAUAGCUGGUGUCUAUUUUUUCCUCUGUUUUGUCUUAGACUGCAAAUACACUGAACAGCUCUAUGAUAUAAGGGAAGAAAAUCCUACUGUAUAGAUUGUUAUUGUUUUUGAUGAAAAUUGAGCUGUAAGAUAACUUUUGGACUCUCACAAUGUUGAAUUAAAGUUACCUCUUGUCUGUGA